AUGCAGCAGGCGUUGGUUACGUUGAAGGUUAUUUUGUUGAGUAACUAUAUCAAUGUGUUGUUGGUGUUUGUCCCGCUUGGGAUCGUUGCGGGGAUGUUGCACUGGAACUCGACGCUUGUCUUUGUUCUUAACUUCCUCGCCAUCAUUCCUCUUGCUGCGCUCCUCGGCUUCGCAACCGAAGAACUCGCACUCUCCGUCGGCCAGACCUUGGGCGGUCUCAUGAAUGCAACCUUUGGCAACGCAGUCGAACUAAUCGUCUCCAUCGUCGCCCUCCUCAAAGGCGAAAUCCGUAUCGUCCAAGCCUCCAUGCUCGGCUCAAUCCUCUCCAACAUCCUCCUCGUCCUCGGAAUGUGCUUCUUCGCCGGUGGACUCAGAUACCAAGAACAAUCCUUCAACCAGACCGUUGCGCAGACCAUGUCUUCCCUCAUGGCUGUCGCGACGGCGUCCUUGUUGAUUCCGGCGGCGUUUAGGGCUAGUGUCCCGAGUGAUGAGACGACAGAGUUGUUGGAUUUGUCGAGGGGGGUGUCGAUUGUGUUGUUGGUGCUCUAUGUUCUUUACCUUUACUUCCAGCUCAAGACCCAUGCGGAUUUGUACUCGGAGCAGGAGUCUGAGGAUGAUGAGCAGGAGGAGAAGACGAUUACGGCGUGGACUGCGGGUGGGUUGUUGGUGGUCAUCACCCUCCUCGUCGCCUUCUGUGCCGAGUUCUUGGUCGACUCGAUUGACGCCCUCGUCGCCGCCUCAGGAAUCUCAAAGACGUUCGUGGGUCUCAUCCUCAUCCCCAUCGUCGGUAACGCAGCCGAACACGUCACCUCCGUCACCGUCGCCUACAAGAACAAGAUGGACCUCGCCGUCGGUAUCGCCAUCGGCUCUUCCAUGCAGAUUGCGCUCUUCAUGACUCCCUUCUUGGUCAUUCUGGGGUGGAUCGUGGGACAACCUAUGUCGCUCUACUUCCAGACCUUCGAGACUGCGGUGUUGUUUAUCAGUGUGUUGAUUGUCAACUACUUGAUUCAGGAUGGAAAGAGUAACUGGCUUGAGGGUGCGUUGUUGAUGGGUGUCUAUGCUAUUAUCAGUAUGGCUUUCUUCCUUUACAGGCCUGAGGAUGGUCUUUGA